AUGUCGGGGGCCGGGUCCGUGCCUCACGCGCCUGGUGCGCUCCGAACGGAGGAGCUGAUGACUGACGAGGAUUUUGUCAAAGCAAUUGAGGCCAUGGGAGGCGAGGAUGAUCAUGAAAUUGGCGAAUUGCUAAAAGCCAUGAACGAGAACCGGAUUAUCUCAUGGGAAGAAGCCGAACGGAUCUUGAAUGACACUGGCAACGCACCCGUAAAAAGCAGCCUUCCCGAACAGACUCGGCCGACAGAGCCCGACAACGAUACCGAUGUCGACCAGUGUAUCCAAAAACUUGUGGAUAACGAUGCAGCCCUCAAAGAAAUCAAUUUGAAUAAUAUGAAGCGCACACCUAUUCCACAAAUUCGACGAUUAAUCGAAUCUCUUGCAUAUAAUGAACAUUGUGAACGACUGUCACUUGCUAAUAUGGGUCUGUAUGAUAACGAUAUUGCAGUAUUGAUAACAGUAGUCGAGAUGAACAAAGCACUGAAGAAGUUGAAUCUGGAGACCAACUAUCUUAGUGGCGACUUUUUCGCAAAAUUAUUCAAAGCGGCAUUGGUAAAUGAAACUUUAGAAGAAAUCAAGGCAGUCAAUCAGGCAAGUUUUUCGAUUUAUACACUUUUUCUAGUAAAACCGGAUUUCAAAAUUGGCGAUACGAUGCAUUUGUUGUAUUUACCUUCAUGUUCAUUGACUAUGUUGAAAAUCAAUUGA